AGUCAGCUUCAGCGAAUACAUCCUGUGACCACAACUUUAAGCACUACCUUCUCAUCAUCCGUGCCGACCAUGCUGGCAGCCCUGACGCUGGCCUCCCUGAGCCUCUUGGUGUGGGCGACUGACCCCUGCCCCCCAGCCUGCCAAUGUCUCCACAACAUGACCACUAUCGUGUGUCAGCAGAAAGGACUUGACCAGAUGCCUGAGCUGCCAGAGAGCACAGAGCAGCUGUAUGUCUCAUACAACGAGAUACAGGAAAUACCCAGGCAUGGGCUGGAGAAGCUGCAGGUCCUGGACCUGACUAAGAAUCAGAUGAAUGUCUUCGUACUCCGCAACCAAGUUUGGCCCAAUAUGACGAAGCUGUCUAAGCUCUUACUAUGCAACAAUGACCUGCGGUUACUACAUCCUGAUCAGUUCCUAAACUGCCCGGCUCUCACCAUACUGGACCUGAGUGGUAACCAGAUUGAAAAUGUACCAGUUGGAUUCCUUCGUGGAUUAGCUAAUCUGAAGACGCUGUAUGUAAACUUUAACCAGAUUCAAAAGUUACAGGUUGGUGGAUUGGAAGGAGCCUUCGCCCUCGCUGACCUCCACCUUAGCCAUAAUAAUAUAACAAAAAUAGAGGAAGGUGUUUUCAAAAACUCCACUGUGUUAGAGAAACUUGUUCUGUCCAGAAACAGAAUCACAAGGAUUGGUGAGGCCAGCUUCAGAGGAGCGACAGGUCUCCAACAGCUUGACCUGAGUGGUAACAUGCUGGUCACUGUUCCGGCUGAGGCAUUGAGGGAUGUAAGCAGGCUCAGGAACCUCCAUCUACAAAUGAACAGCCUCACCAGCCUUCCAGAGGAUUGCUUCGCCUCGUUGGGCCUGUUGGUUCAUCUAGACUUGAGCAACAACAAGCUGACCACUCUGUCUGAGGGAUCACUGAGAGGUUUGACUAUGUUAAGUGAGCUGGACCUCAGUCUCAACCUCAUAGAUUCUCUUCCCUCAAAAGUCUUCAACGACCUGAUCAGCCUUGAGUUACUUGAUUUGUAUAUGAACAGACUGACAUCUCUUCCUCUGGACGUUUUCAGUAACUUGAAAAACCUGCAAGAACUGCAGCUGGAAAGCAAUCAGAUCUCUGCCAUACCAGUUGGGGUAUUUGAUUCGUUGUCCAGACUCAUCGAGUUACAACUGUCAAAGAACCGCAUCCUGGUGCUCCACCCUGCUCUGUUCAACAAGCUCAAGUCACUACAGAACCUGUACUUGGAGUCCAAUGCUCUGAGGCACCUUCCCAAAGGCCUUUUCCACAAGAUGAGGGUCCUCAGGGAGAUACACCUUGAUGACAACCACAUCAGGUCUCUACAUCCCUCAGUCUUCCAUGGUUUGGUAAGAGUAUAUUCGCUGAAGCUCUCUCGCAACCAUCUCACCUCUCUACACCCGGACCAGUUCAGAGACCUCAUCGGUUUAAAAGAGCUAACACUAGAUGCAAACCACAUAGGUAACCUCCCUACAAGCCUGUUCAUGAAUCUAACAAAUCUUAAUACACUGGAUCUGGACAACAACCGUAUCUCAGAGCUGUCUCCUGAUGACUUCGUAGGGUUGACCCGCCUUAAAGAGCUCAAGUUGAGUGUCAAUCAGCUCCAUGACGUCCCGUACAACACCUUCUAUCCCCUCCACAGCCUCCUCAAGCUUCUGCUAAAGAACAACAGCCUGUAUAGUUUACACCCUCAGCUCUUUGCCAGACUUUCGAAGCUAACAGAACUCAAUUUGGAUGGAAACAAGCUGGAUCACCUGCAGCCUGAUGUAUUUCAAGGACUUACUAACCUCCAGAAAUUGAGUUUGAAGUCCAACCAGCUCAGAGCGAUGGAGAAUGGGACUUUGGGGUCUUUAAGAAACAUUAGCGCUGUCUAUCUGUCAGGAAAUGUGUGGGACUGCACCUGUGCACAUAUUGUCUACAUCAGCAGCUGGGUCAACAUGCACAGAGACAAACUCGGAGACCAGCCCCUUUGCUUCUUCUCCUCUUCUUCCUCACCCUUAACUGAGGAUACACCACUUUACCAGGCAUCUCUGUCUCCCCUGUUGUUACAGGAUCAAUGCAUUACAAGUGCCGCAAGUGGCUCAUCACCUUCACUUCCUCUGAAAAUGCUGAAUCUGCUCACAAUUUCUCUCAUAGCUGCCAGCCCACCAUGGCAUCCUUUGUGGUGGUUUUGUGCUCUCUAACCUCUUCCUGUCUUUGUUUUUCAUGUCUGUAUUUGCACCAUAAUGUCAAUACACUGUAAAUGUCAAUAUACUUUAGGUGCAUUCAAAAAUUGUGUAAAUAAAAUUAGGUCAUGGAAUAUUUGCACUGGAAUAACGUGUUCAUGCAAAAGUGCAAACUUAAUGAUUUCAUUGACCAUAAA